GCUUUUGUGCUAUCAAAGCGCCCGAAGUAGAACUGGAACGUCUUGAUGAAUGGCCAGCAGAAGACCUCAACAAUAUCCUUCAUGCUCAUGAUCAGCUACAGCCUCUUUUUCCUGAUGCGCUUCCCUGUGGGUGGAAGCAAGCAUUGGAGCGUACUUUGGCCAAACCUUUUCAGCUAAGCGAGAAGGAUUUGAUUCUCUGUGCGCUUCAGAAGUGGCGAGCACUUGGACUACAGAGUUUACUGGAAAAGCUUUGUCAAGAAAGUCUCGAGAGACAGGUGAAGCAACAGGUUCUGAAGGAGCUCGACAACGUGCACGAGAUGAUCAUGGACCCCAUGCAGAGGCAAACUGCAGCUUCAAAGCUUGGCGGCUUGAACCUCACAGAUUUGCAGAGUGCAGCGUUCAACGAAGCCAAACGAUCAUUGCAGGAAUAUCGCUGCUUGCUGAAUGCACGCAACGUUGAGGAUGACAAGGCAAUCCAGUGGGCACUGGAAAGCUUCAAUUUCAAAGGUUUGAAGGAGCUUUUGGGAGAGGCCCCAGGUACCGCGAGCGCAGAAACUGCAGCGACCAAACUCUUUCAUCAACGUUUGGAUGCCAUCAAGCACGUGGUGCUGGACCGAUUGACUUUGGCGGGGCGAUCUCUCCUCGAGCCCGAGAAAUUUGCCACAGAGUUCCGCAGUUUGAAAGCCGCAGAGAGAGAAAUCGGUGAAUACUUGAAGCUCUACCAGGAAACGAACCUCACCGAGGAGGUGCAGAAGAUUGGCCAGCAAGCAACCGAUCACGUUCAGACGAUGCUGGAAAAGAUCAAGGCUGAGAUCGAGCGGAAAAGCUAUGACUCUUGUUUGGACCAUGCGGACGAACUUCAGGCUUUGGUUGAUCAAUGGCGAAGUCUUGAAGUCUUCACCACCACGCAGCUCUCCGAGACAGAUAGAGCAAUCUUGAAGGCCCUGCCUGUCCUGUCCCUGUUGGGUUUUGCUGUAGUUGUACAGCGUGCUGUGAGAUCACACCAUGAAAAAUUGUUUUCGACCCCCGAAAUGUCAUUCCCAUGCUCGCCCGACUUUUGA